UGACUGACAGAGAGGCACAGCCAAUAGGAAGUCAAAGUGUCCCGGAAGGGUCGGCCUUUCGGCGCACGCAGAGGAAGCAGCUGGAGUGGCUGCGCGGUGCGGGCUGUAGCCGGUUGAGUGGGGUUGUGGUGGUCGUAGGUCUCACAACACCGCAGUCAUGUCUAUUAUGUCCUAUAACGGAGGGGCCGUCAUGGCCAUGAAGGGGAAGAACUGUGUGGCCAUCGCUGCCGACAGGCGCUUCGGGAUCCAGGCCCAGAUGGUGACCACGGACUUCCAGAAGAUCUUUCCCAUGGGCGAUCGGCUGUACAUAGGCCUGGCUGGGCUCGCCACCGAUGUGCAGACUGUGGCCCAGCGCCUCAAGUUCCGGCUGAACCUGUAUGAGCUGAAGGAAGGCCGGCAGAUCAAGCCCUACACGCUCAUGAGCAUGGUGGCCAACCUCCUGUAUGAGAAGCGGUUUGGCCCCUACUACACGGAGCCUGUCAUCGCCGGGUUGGACCCGAAGACCUUUAAGCCCUUCAUUUGCUCUCUAGACCUCAUCGGCUGCCCCAUGGUGACUGAUGACUUUGUGGUCAGCGGCACCUGCUCCGAACAAAUGUACGGCAUGUGCGAGUCCCUCUGGGAGCCCAACAUGGAUCCGGAACACCUGUUUGAAACCAUCUCGCAAGCCAUGCUGAAUGCCGUGGACCGGGACGCAGUGUCGGGCAUGGGCGUCAUCGUCCACAUCAUCCAGACCAGACUGCUCUGACGGCGUCACAGGAGGACACGUGGCUCAGUCCUGAGUCCUGGGUCACUCAGCAGCUGGGCAGAGGCCCUGAAGGACGCUCAGGACGCCACUCCUGAGGAAGGCCGGGGGAGGCCGGUCUGCGAAGGAAAACACCCCCAAAGCCCGGGGCAGGCGAUCCCAAAAUCAAGCCUCCAGACUGGA